AUGCAGGUGGACGUGGCCCCACAGUUCAGCGAGAUUCCUGCCAUUAGGUAUUUUGGUGGGUGUAGAUUGAUGCUAUGUCAAUUCACCUUCAGUAGUUUACUCACACGGACACGGCCACUGCACGUACGCACUCUCGCCAUCCAAAUUCAGAAAAUUUACUCAGAUCAGCUUCCCUCCCUCGUUGGUGCCACCGACCAGCUGCUGCAAGCUGCAAUGCAAGCCCCACAUUCCGGCGGUCUCCCGUUUGCUGCUCGCGCUGAAAUGCGCGCGUCCGUCUCGUUCGCGCCCGCGUCUUCUCCAGGCGCCUCGUUGCCGCCGCCCGGUGCAGCGGACGUCGGCGGCGCGGUGUGCCUCGGCUACGGCAUCGGCAUCUCCGUCGGCGUCCUCGUCUUCGUCUCCACCGUCAUGCUCGCCUCCUACAUCUGCGUCCGCGCCAAGGCCGGCGCAGCCGCCGUGCUGGUCCUCGUCAACGAAGACGGCGCCGCCCCGUCGGCGCCGCCCGCCGCAGUCGUGGUGCUGGGCCUCGACGGCCCCGCCAUCGACGCGCUCUACCCCAAGUUCCAGCACGUCGGCGACACGUGCGCGGGGGCGGCGUCGUGCACCAUCUGCCUCGGGGAGUUCGCGGCCGGCGACGCGCUCCGGCGAGGGCCGGGGUGCGGGCACCGGUUCCACGCGGAGUGCGCGGAGCGGUGGCUGCGCGUGAGCGCCACCUGCCCGGUGUGCCGCGACUCGCCGCUGCCGUCGCCGAUGGCCACGCCGCUCGCGGAGGCCAUGCCCCUCGCUGCGCACGCUCGGUGACACAUGCACGUACGCAGCCUCACAUGCCACUGUACUUUGUACACAAUUUUUUUGCUCUCUGUCUCCAAUUUUCUUUGCUUCAUUCGAAGCGUGAUUAAUGAAGUAAUCCUAGUGCAUCCGUAGUUUAUUCCAUUAGCACUCACACAGUAUGGGGGUUACUA